CUGCUGGUAGAACACAGCUCUGUGAAGUAGAGAAAGCAGAAGUGACGCAAAACGUCAGCUAACGUAAAGUAAUCUAGCUAUAGAAACAUGGCGGCGUCCUAUGAAGCGAAGUGUAAACAUCGCAGCUUUGCUAACAGUUAAUCACUUCUGCGGCUCGACUGGAACACGUUUGAAAGUCGACUUGACGACGUGAUAUUCAAUCUAAAAUGGCAAAAAAUGGAGAAGAAAGCUCAGAAUCGGAAGUUGCAGGGCUGAGGAUUAAAGUGGAGACCCUGCGACAUAAACUGAAAAAGUGCAAAGGUGAAAUCCACAAGUUGCAGAAGAAACUUAACAAAACUGAGCGGCUACAGAAGAACACAGAAAAAUACAACGAUGACCUCCGAAAACAGGUUGAUAAAUUAAGUGCUGAAAUCCAUGAAAGGAAGAGAAGAGAGAAAAACAGAACUGAUGCAGAGACACAAACCGAUGACUGCACCUGGACAGAAUCAGGUAUUGCUGAAGAUUAUUACAACUACUACUAUGGAAGCUAUUAUCAGAGUGGGACUGCUGCUACAGAAACUCAAGAAAAUUCAACUUCAGAGGUUCCUGAAAGCCAGCAAACUGCGGAACCAUGUCAGGCAGGGACGGAAAAGGUUACAGAUGACCCAAAUUCACAGGAGAAUUACAGCGCUGCUGCUGUUAAACCAGAGGAAACUGACGGAACCUCCAUUGCUGACAUGAUUAGAGCCACAGCAGAAGAGGCAGUUUCCCAGACAGGAUUUGUCUUCGAUGAGAACUCUGGGAUGUAUUACGAUCACAGCACCAGCCUCUACUAUGAUUCGGCCAGUCAGCUGUACUAUGAUGCCAACUCAGGGAUGUACUACUACUACGACGCAGAGAGCGGGCGUUACCAGUUCCACUCCCGAGUGGAGGUGCCCGCCUACCAGGCCACCCCCGACCCCAGCCAAGAGAAAAAGAGCAAAAAGAAAAAAAAGGAGUCUGAGAAAUCUUCCCUGCAAGACGGCAAGGACCUGCCUGCUGACGUUCGGAGAGACGAGGGUGAUGGGAGGAGGUCACAGCAGAAGGGAAAGAGGACCCCUUCGUGUAGAGUUAGGAGAAGGUCCCGUAGCCCGAGGGGGAGGUCCCGUAGCCCAAAAGGGAGGUCCCGUAGCCCAAAAGGGAGGUCCCGUAGCCCCGGCUCCUCUGAGGACGGGGUGGCAGAGAGGGCGAAGGCCAAGCGGAAGAAAGCCAAGAGAGCGGCCCGCUCGCGGCGCAAGAGGGCGCGGUCCGACGCGGCGAGCAGCGGGAGCGAGCCGGAGGAGGGCGAGAUCACCGAGUCGGAGGAGGAGGAGUGCGGCGGCUCCUCCCAGUCCUCCUCCUCCUCCUCCGUCGCCAGCUCCGCGUCGGAGCCCGAGGACCAGGGAGGGUCGGAGGAGGCCUGGCCGCCCUGCGUCCGGGUGACGGUGGUCCGCUCUCCGGUGCUGCAGACGGGGACCCUCUACAUCAUCACCGCGGACACGCCCGCCACGAUCGGGAGAGAGAAGGACAUGGCUCAUGCAAUCAGAAUACCUGAAGUGGGUGUUAGCAAGUUCCACGCAGAGGUGUAUUUUGACCAGGAACUGCAGUGCUACGUGCUGGUGGACCAGGGCAGCCAGAAUGGGACCGUCAUCAACGGGAACCGCAUUCUGCAACCCAAAGCGAAGAGCGAGCCCUGCACGCUGACCCAUGGCGACGAGAUCAAGAUGGGCGACACGGUGCUGUCCUUCCACAUCCACUCGGGCAACGACACGUGCGACGGCUGCGAGCCCGGCCAGGUCAUCGCCCACCUGACCCGCCACAAGAGGGAGGAGCCGGCGGGUCAAGGGAUAAGCAGAGAAGAUAAGGAACUGCAACGACAGAAAGAACUGAAGCAGAUGAAAGUGAAAUAUGGCUUGAAAAACAGUGAGUACGAGGGAGCCAAGGUGCUGAAGAGCUCCAAGUACAAGGACCGCGCGGAGAAGCGGCGGCAGGUGGUGGGAAGCGAGGGGGCCUUUCACCGGGACGACGCGCCGGCCUCCGUGCACGUAGAAAUCGGUGAUGGAAACAAAGGAAGGAAGAUGCUGGAAAAGAUGGGUUGGAAGAAAGGGGAAGGAUUGGGCAAAGAUGGAGCAGGAAGGAAGGACCCGAUUCAGCUGCAGAUCCGGAAGUCCCAUGCUGGUCUGGGAACAGCCGCUGCGGUGUCCGUGGAUGACGCCGCACUGACCAGAAGCAAAAAUCAGGAGAACUGGGAGAAGGCGCGGGAGAGGUUUGCCGACACGUGCCAAACCUCUAAUCCUUCCAGUAAAAAAGAGAACCGGUCGCUCACGCCAUUCGUUAAGAGCAAAGUCGAUAAGUCACCCAAACAGUGAAAUGGAGAACUAGCUGUGCGUGUGUGUGUGUGUGUGUUGGGAACAAAUUGUCAGCAUUUGGGACACAUACAUUUAAGUAUGAUUGAAAAGGGAGUCACCUCCAUAUUUUUGUAUUAAGGCAUUAUUAUGUUUUUUUCCCCAUACAGUCCUGCUGCCCAGGCACCAGGCACAUGUGUAAUAAAGAUUGGUUUCAUAUUUUCAUUGUAAGACCAACAUUUUUUAGUUUUGAUGGCAUCACAGCUGGAUUGAACCUUGGAUAGACAAACCUCUUCAUUUGUAGGUAAAAUGUGGGAGUCUGAGUUUAUAUCACUGCGUUUGUUUUCAAUAAAUCAGAAGAUUAAAGGCUCA